AUGAAAUUUGGCAUUCAGCUGCUGGGAUUCAAUGGUAUGAGCAACUACGUGAACGCAAUUAACAGAGAUGCAGACAUCAAUGGGCUGCUGUCACUACACGAGUCUGCCGACGAACCCUUCACUCUCAUCAGCUUUCCGAGGAUUAAGCUCACUAGGAAUGGCUUUGACUACCCGUUUUGGCGUGUCAGGUCCUCUAUUCGACUUCGUAAUGGAGAUGGCCAUAGCCCUGUCCAAAAGUUAUGGUCUAUUGGUGAACAGUUUCUACGAGCUCGAGCCACUGUAUGCAGAGGAUUUCUGAGUCACGGUGGCUGGAACUCGGUGUUGGAGAGCGUAAGUGCAGAAGUUCCAAUACUGGCAUGGCCAAUGAUGGCGGAGCAACCCCUAAAUGCAAAAACGGUAGUGGAAGAGAUUAAAAUCGGGUUACUGGUUGAAACAGUUAAUGGGUCGGGCAACAAAUUUGUGCCCGCGGAGAGCUUGAAGAAUAAAGUGGAAGAACUUAUGGAAGGGGAAAAGGGAGACAAGGUGAGGAAGAAGGUGAAGCAAGUGGCCGAGGUAACAAGGAACUCCAUGUUGGAGAGCCAAUAUGCCUAG